GAAAAAUGUUUUUAGUUUUAUUUUGAAUAAUUAAAAAUAACCGCGUUUUAGUAAACUAAUAAUAUAAUUUUUUCAUUUUAUAACUAAAAAUUUUGUAGACAUAUUAGAAUUUUGAGUCCAUGUGCGCGCGCAUUUGAAGAGGAGAUAAGCACGACACAGUAACAGGUGGUUCAUCGUGGUUGGCUGAUUCGAUAACAUUUAAAGUAUUGCCGGGGCUGCCGGGGUACCACGUGCAUAACUUCUCUCGUUGACUCGUUGUUAUUACAAUCGGCAUUCGUGCUUUAGAUGCUUUUCAACAACGACGCGUACAGUGUUAGUUUUCGUUCGACUUUUUUUUACUCCCCUCUUACUCUUUCUCUCUCUCUCUUCCUCUCACUCACUCGCUCUGUAAUUCCUUUUUUUUUUUUGUUUUUUUCCAUCUCUUUCUACUUAUAUUUAAACAGACACAACCAAAACCACGCUAUUGAGAAUCAAGACUUUUUUACUUUUUCUUCCGGAUUGUUUUCCGUGUGAUUAUUUCAACUGUUUACAUGUGAUCAUAACCAUAAAUAAUAUAAUAAAAUAAAAUAUAUAUAUUGUUAAUAUUAUAUAUAUUUAUAUUUAUAUUUAUAAACAAAUAAAGUAAAGAUAAAUUUUAAGUGAUUAAAAUGGGUUAAUGUGAUGUUUUAAGUUACAAGUAAAUAAAAAUAGUGAUAUUUAGUCUUUACAUCUGUCGAGUGUCGAUUCUGUGCCGGUGCGGGUGUUGGCUGAUAUUGAUUUAUUUAUAUUUACUGUUAGAAAUAUUUUCCUGUGCAUUUGUAAAUGUUUAUUGUGAAUUUAAUGGAUUUUUACGGAUCAAUGGAUUUUUUAACACUUUUAUAAAAUUUUUAAUAAUUGAGCAUUGCGACAAUCUCGACAGGAAAAUGAUUUUGUAAAGUCAUCAAUAAAUCACCAUAGCCAAGGGGAAGAAUUUCUGAGAGUACAAAAAAAAAAGUUGAAUAAUAAUAAUAAUAAUAAUGGAUUUAUACGACAUGGGAAGUGACCUGCGGGAUCUAUGGGAGUCGUAUUUGGGUGAGCCGAUGCUUGGAAACGAUCUUCUAACCAGCAAAGAUGAGGAUUGGAGUUUACUGGGAGGUAAAGAUAAAACUCUUGAAGUUGUUUUACGUGAUCGUUUGAUGACUGACGCAGCUCUAGGCGGUACAAGACCCAUUAAAACUGAACACAGCUACAGUUUAUUAGCUUAUAGUCCACCAGCAUCACCAGCUACAACUAAUUGUCGUUCACCAUCACCCGCAACGGUUAAUGUAGCUUCAAGUAAACGUGAAAUUGACAUUGAAGGACGUAUAAGAAUAGCCACCAAAAUUGAUGAUAUGGAAGAAGAAUGUUUUCCCGCAAUAUCAAUGAAAAAAGCCUCCAGUCAUGGACGUACAUCACCAACAGAUUCAUCGCCAAUAACAUCAUCAAAUAUUCUUGAUGUUGUAGAAGAGUGUAUGGAAAUAAAAGAAGAGCCAUUACAUUUAAUUGACAAUAAUAAUGAUAAUGUUGAAAUAAAUAUUGAUAUUGACGAUAAAAAUCUUAUUGAAAUGAUUUCACCAAAUCGGUUACAUUUAAAUGGACAAGUUCAACAACAGCAACAUCAUCAUAAUCAUAAUCAUAAUCAUCAUCAUCAUCAUCAUCAUCAUCAUCAUCAGCAGCAGCAGCAACAACAGCAACAACAGCAACAACAUACAAGUGACAGCGAAGCUGAUGAUGAAGAUUAUGAAGAUAUGAAUUUAGGUGAAUAUCAUGUAUCAUCACAACUAAUAAGUAGCAGUAAUAGUUGUUGUAAUGAUGAUACACAGACAUCAUCACAAAGUUUACCACCAACACCACCUAGUAGUAAUAAUUCAGACAGUGAAAGUGGUAGUAAUGGCGGAGUAUCAGCAUCAUGUUCACCAAUAAGACGACUUGAUAAUAACAAUAUAUGUACUGUACAAAAUAUACGUGGUAUUUAUGGACCACGUUUAUAUGUUACUAAUGGACAUACAACAAGACAACCUAUUCAUACAUCAUUGAUAUCAUGUCAACCGAAGGGAUCAACAGGUACAUUGAUUCUUACUGAAGAAGAAAAACGUACAUUAAUAGCUGAAGGUUAUCCAGUACCAACAAAGUUACCAUUAACAAAACAAGAAGAAAAAUCAUUAAAAAAAGUACGUAGAAAAAUAAAAAAUAAAAUAUCAGCACAAGAAUCACGACGAAAGAAAAAAGAAUAUAUGGAUGGUUUAGAGAGGAAAGUAAGUAUUUUGUCAAAUGAAAAUUUAAAUUAUCGCAAUCGUGUUAGUACACUUGAACAGACAAAUCGUGAAUUGAUGAAAGAACUGGAACAUCUUCAAGCCCUUGUCGCUCGUCAAAAAUCUUAGUUUUAAAUAUUUAAAUAAUUAAAUAAACCAUUGCAAUUAUCUUUUUUUAAUUAUUAAAAAUAUAUUAAUUUAUUAAAUUAAUUAAACUAUAAAUAAAUUAAGUUUUUAUAAUAAGCCAAAGUUAGUACGACUGAUUUUGUUUAAAAAAUAUCGUAAUUAAUAUAGAAAUGAAUUUUUUUUAUUUUUUGAGAGAUUCUAGUUGAGUAUAAAAUAUAUUUCAUUUGAUUUUAAGGAAUAAAAAAAAUUUUUAUUAAAUUAUCACUUUGCUCUUUUUGAAAAUACAUUUAAUUGUUUAAAUACCAACAUUAGAAUCUCUUCUUACAUUACAACAAGUCUUCCUGCAAUCUCAGAUAGUAAUCACAAUUUUUUUUAACUUCUGUGCCUAGUCUGUCAAUUGACAUCGUAACAGGUCAAUUUUUUUAGUGCAAGAGUCUUAACUUCCAAAAACUAUUGAAAAAAUAAAAUAUUAAAAUAUUUAUCAUGAUUCGUCCAUAAUAUAAUUUUUAAAAAAAUAGUUUAAUUAAUUAAUUUAAUGAUAAAAAUUUAUACAGAUUUAUU